AUGACGCAGCGAGUGGUCAGGCGAACGGAUGGAUGUCGUCGACCGUGCGAUCAAAGAACGCGCCCGGAAACUGCUGCAGAUGCUGCAGAUGCUGCAGAUGCUGCCGCAGCUGCCAUCCCGAUGCAAAUGAAGAUUGCGCACGGCACUGGCCAGACCCGCGCCAAGGGCGGCUCAUCAAACUCGGAGAAGUGGUCCUGGCCAGGCAUUGCACCGCAGGCAGCACACGGUACAAGCCGUACGACAAGGCGGGACAACGACGCCAGGGGGUUAACGGUCACUCCAAGCGUCACUCCAGCCGUGAAGGGACCAGGACCCCUCUGCACGAAUGAGUGCGCCGGAGUCCGGUAUGCAACGAUUGGAUAUGACGCUCAGGGAUACGCCAUCAGUACAGCCCUGGCAGGCGGAGCAAAUCAGUACACCGUCAACUACUACGGUGUUGCUCCUGGCACCAUUGCUGCCGUUACAGAUCCGUUCGGCAACAGUCGUGCGUAUCAGUACAGUUCCGUCCGGGGUAUCGCAGCGGUGACUUACAGUGGCGUUCCAUCCCUCACCGGUUUGCCGGAUGCCAAUACGCGAGUGCAGAACGAGUUAGGCCUGAUCGACAGCGAGACAGACUUUCGGGGAACGAUCAAGGCGUAUGAAUGGGACCCCACCCGUCGCUUACCUCUGACGGUCACUGAGGCGGUAGGCCAGCCCGAAUCCCGCACCAGAACCACUACGUGGCACCCCCAAUGGCGCCUGCCAGCCACCAUCACUGAGCCGGGCCGAGUCACCAGCUACACCUACGACAGCCUGGGCAACACCCUUUCCCAGACAGUCACUGACAGCGCAUCCGGUGUCUCCCGCACCACCAACUGGACCUACCACACCUCGGGCCUCGUAGCCACCGAGACCGCCCCCAACGGUGCGGUCAGCAGCUACCAGUACGACAGCGCAGGCAACCUCACCCAAUCCACCAACGCUCUGGGCCAAGUCGACAGCUACACCCACAAUGGUGCCGGGCGCGUGCUCAGCCAUACGGCAGCCAACGGCCUUGUCACCUCCUAUACCUAUGACGCGCGUGGCCGUAUGCUGACCAGCACCGUAGGCGGCCUGGUGACCACGCUGACCUACCGCCCCAGCGGCCAGGUCGCCACUGCCACCUUGCCCCACGGCCAUGUGGUCACCUACCAAUAUGACGCUGCCCAACGCCUGACAGGCUGGAGCGACAACCGGGGUGCCGGCGCCACCUACGUGCUCGAUGGCAUGGGCAACCGCACAUCCGAGGAAGUGCGCAACGCCCAAGGCCAGGCGGUGUGGCAGCUUGCGCGCACCAUCAACAGCCUCAACCGUGUGGAAACCACCACCGCAGGCUCCCAGGGGGCUACCAGCUACGGCUACGACACGAAUGGUGAUCUGGUGUACACCACCAACGCCCUGGGACAAACCACCCACUACGGCCUGGAUGCCCUGCGCCGGGUGCAAAACAUCACCAACGCCCAAAACGCCACAGCCAGCCUCACCUACAACGCCUUGGACAGCGUUACGCAAGCGAGCGACUUCAAAGGCGUGGCCACCAGCUACGUGCGAGAUGCUCUGGGCAAUGCCAAGACCGAGGCCAGCUCCGAUGCAGGCACCCAAAGUGCACAGUACGACAGCCUGGGCUUGCCCAGCAGCGUCACCAAUGCCCUGGGACAUGCCACCACUAUCCUGCGCGACAGCCUGGGCCGACCCACGAGCAUCACGCACGCAGGCGGCGCAGGAAUUGCCAGCCAGACCAUCGCCUUGCGCUACGACCUGGCAGGCAGCGCCUACAACCAGCCAGGCCAGCCAGGUGCCAGCAAG